AUGGGCGGAUCUAACAUUCCCUGUGUUACGAAGUUACGUCAUGUUGGGAUUAAGGUCAGACGGACAUAUUGGGCAAAGAACAUCUUGGACGUGAGUUUCAGGGCCAGGGGCAAUUUGAUUCACAUGCCCAAACUAAUUCUGGACCACGAAAUGUGCAUAUUGUUAAUGAACUGCGUCGCAUUGGAGGAGCAAUGCCACAAGAUCACUCCCAAGCCCUUCUUGUCUUACGCCGUUUUAUUGGACUGCCUUGUCAACACCGCCAAGGAUAUCGAUUACCUUUGUAACCAUCGGCCUGGGAUCAAGGAACAUAUUUUUGAGACCGACGCCGAGGCUGCGGACUUCAUCAACAACUUGGGUAAGGGGUUGACUUCAUAUAAUAAGUCGGACUUAUCCCGUGCAGUAAACAAUGUUUAUCGGGAAAGGUUAGUUUAUCGGGAAACAUCGAAUUGGUUCCGAUGGCAGUGGAAGAGCUUCAAGCAGGAGUUUUUUGGUAAGUCAUGGUUGUUAAUUUCGGCAUUUGUUGGGCUUGCGCUGUUAGUGCUUACAUAUUUGCAGACCCACUUCACCAUUUAUGCGUAUGUGCAUGCAAAAUGUUAA